AUGCUUAUCAACCGCGGGAUGUUAGGGACCUUGUUUAGAGCAUCUCAGUUCUUGAGCGAGGAGCUGCCAAUAAGACUGGCACACCGCGUGAGAGAACUGAAUAAUCUACCAGAUGGAUUAAGUGAAAUGCCUUCUAUCCAGAAAGUUGCGAACUGGUAUGCUCAGUCAUUCGAGGAAAUCACAAACCUUCCGAGACCUUCACUGUCGGCAGACAUUAAGAAUGCCCUGACAAGAGGGACCCGAGGGGCCCCACUUCAAUUGUCUAUGGCUACCGAGAACCCUUCGAUCACGAAGGGAAUGUAUACGAGUUCUCCCGUGUACGGGAGCGUGAACAACGGCGCUAGGAAGGUCGCCGCUGCUGGCCGGUAUGUACCCGAUACCACAAGUAAACUGCAGGGGUUGCAAGCAGGAAGCAGUGGUAGCCAGCGUCCACAGGAUGUUGACGAUGAGAACAGCCGCUAUUAUGCCACCAUCGACGAAGGCGUGAGAUGGCCGCCCGAGAUCCUUGACUACAACAAGAAAUUCACCCAAACUCUUAAAACGAUUAAGAAGAGACACGACCCGGUUCUGACAACCGUUGCACUGGGUAUUAAUGAGUACAAGAGGCGGCGCCAGAGAACUGGCAUUGAUGAAUCCAUCCAGGCUUUUUUGGAUAGGUUCUACAUGUCCCGUAUCGGCAUCCGUAUGCUGAUCGGUCAACAUGUCGCCCUUAACGAACAGCCUCGUGAGCUAGACCAUGUCGGCAUUAUUUGCACGAAAACCAACGUUAAGGAGUUGGCGGAAGAAGCAAUUAGCAAUGCCAGGUUCACUUGCGAGAGCUUUUACGGCCUUUAUUCGGCUCCACAAGUUCAGCUCGUAUGCAAGGAUGACCUGAACUUCAUGUAUGUCCCGGGUCAUUUGUCUCACAUGUUGUUCGAGACCUUGAAAAAUAGUCUUCGUGCCGUUGUGGAGACGCACGGCCAAGACAAUGAUGACUUCCCCGCUGUUAAGCUUAUUGUUGCUGAAGGCAAGGAAGAUAUUACCAUCAAGAUCUCCGAUGAGGGUGGCGGUAUCCCAAGAAGCGCCAUCCCCUUGGUGUGGACUUAUAUGUACACCACUGUGGACAAGACCCCGGAUAUUGAUCCGGACUUUGACAAGACCGAUUUCCAAGCCCCACUUGCGGGUUUCGGCUAUGGGUUGCCAAUUUCGAGACUCUACGCGAGGUACUUUGGCGGUGACCUCAAACUGAUCAGUAUGGAAGGAUACGGUACUGAUGUCUAUCUCCACCUUAACCGUCUGAGCACCUCCUCCGAGCCACUUAACUAA